AUGCACUCACGACUCCUCAUCACGGCCCUCUUCCUGGGCCUCAUCGCCCUGGUCUCGGCCUCGGCCAUCCCCAUCCACCAGAAGCGCGGCUCCUUCAAGGUCGAGCGGAGGGCCAACCCCAACUUCACCGGCAAUGACGGCCUCAAGGCCAUGGCCAAGGCGUACCGCAAGUUCGGCUGGACCAUGCCCCAGGACCUCAAGGACGCGCUGGCGGUGCGGGAGGCGGCCGUCAAGGCCCGCCGGGCUGCGGCGGCUGCUGGAGGAAACCAGACUCAGCCUGCCCCGGCAGCCCAGCCCGCCUCUGGCCAGGUCGGAAGCGUCACAAACACGCCCGAGGGCAACGACGUCGAGUUCCUGUCCCCCGUCAAGAUCGGCGGCCAGACGCUCAACCUCGACUUCGACACCGGCUCCUCUGACCUCUGGGUCUUCAACACGGCCAUGGAUCCCUCGCUGACGGCCGGCCACACCCUGUACGAUCCCACCAAGAGCAAGACCUUCAAGCAGAUCCAGGGCGCGCAGUUCCUCGUCCAGUACGGCGACGGCUCAGGCGCCGAGGGCGUCGUCGGCACGGACGUUGUCGACGUUGGCGGCGCCGUCUUCGACGCCCAGGCCGUCGAGAUUGCCACCGCCGUCACGCAGCAGUUUGUCGACGACCAGCAGAACGACGGGCUCAUGGGCCUCGCCUUUUCCAAGCUCAACACGGUCCAGCCGCAGCAGCAAAAGACGUUCCUCGACAACGUCCAGAGCUCCCUCGCCGAGCCCGUCUUCACCGCCGACCUCAAGAAGGGCCAGCCCGGCACGUACACCUUUGGCGCCGUCGACGCCUCCGCCUUCCAGGGCGACCUGACCUGGGUCGACGUCGACAACUCGCAGGGCUUCUGGCAGUUCAGCAGCGAGUCCUUUGCCGUCGACGGCGGCGCGACCCAGCAGGCCACGGCCGGCGGCCAGGCCAUUGCCGACACCGGCACCACCCUGCUGCUGGCCGACCCCAUCAUCGUCCAGGGCUACUACGCAAAGGUCCAGGGCGCCCAGAACGAUGCCCAGGCCGGUGGCUUUACCGUGCCGUGCGAUGCCCAGCUGCCCGACUUGGACCUGGAUGUUGGCGGAAAGUAUGUGGCCCGCAUCAGCGGUUCGGACCUCAACUUUGCGCCGGUUCAGGGAAACACUUGCUUUGGUGGUCUUCAGGCAACGACGCAGGGCGGCCUGGGUGUCUAUGGCGACAUCUUCUUCAAGUCGCAGUUUGUGGCGUUCAACAUUGGCAACAACACGCUGGGCCUGGCUCCUCAUGCUUAG